UCCCUCGCCCGCCGCCGGCCCGCCUGCCGACGCUUCGAGGGGCCGGCUGCUCCCCGCUGGUCGCGGAGACGCCCGAGCGCGCGGCGGGCGCAGGCGCGGGCGGGGGCGGGCCGCGGCGGGCGCCCGCGCCGCCAUCUUGCCGUACGGCGCGGACGCCGCGGGCCGGCCCACGUCCCGAGCCGUGUCGCCGCCGCGCUCCCUCCCUCGGGGCGGUCCGCGGGCGGGCGGGCGGCGAGGGCCGGAGCCUGGCGGCGCGGCUGGGCCGAGGCCCGCGAUGGUGAUCUGCUGCGCCGCCGUGAACUGCUCCAACCGGCAGGGCAAGGGCGAGAAACGCGCCGUCUCCUUCCACAGGUUCCCCCUAAAGGACUCAAAACGUCUAAUCCAGUGGUUAAAAGCUGUUCAGAGGGAUAACUGGACGCCCACGAAGUACUCAUUCCUCUGCAGUGAGCAUUUCACCAAAGACAGUUUCUCCAAGAGGCUGGAGGACCAGCACCGACUGCUCAAGCCCACGGCUGUGCCGUCCAUCUUCCACCUGACUGAGAAGAAGAGGGGCGCUGGAGGCCAUGGCCGCACCAGAAGAAAGGACGCCAGCAAGACCACGGGGGGUGUGAGGGGCCACUCGAGCACAGCAGCUGGUAAAGUGGCUGCAGGUUGGUCAUCAUCCUCGAGUGAAAACCUCAUGGCCAAGCCGGAGUCCCGCAAGUUGAAGCGAGCCGCUAUGCAGGGCGAAACCGCACCCAGGGCUGCCCGGGAGGCUGCCAGCCAGGAGCUGGCACAGCAGUCUCUGGAAAGAACUCCAGGAGAUGGACCGGCCACCACGGCGGCAGGCAGCCAGGCAGAAGCGGAAGUGUCUGCUGCAGAUGCUGGUGAUGAGAACACCCCCUCCUCCACCAGUGGGGGUGUGGCAGAUAAGAGUGGCAUUUCCAUGGAUGACUUUACCCCCCCAGGAUCUGGGGCGUGUAAAUUUAUUGGCUCACUUCAUUCGUACAGUUUCUCCUCCAAGCACACUCGAGAAAGGCCGUCUGUCCCCCGAGAGCCCAUCGACCGAAAGAGGCUGAAAAGAGAUGUGGAGCCGAGCUGCAGUGGGAGUGGUCUGGGGCCCGACAAGAGCCUGACCCAGAGCCCCCCCAGUUCCUCACUCACAGCGACACCUCAGAAGCCUUCCCAGAGCCCCUCUGCCCCUCCAGCCGAUGUCACCCCGAAGCCAGCUGCAGAAGCUGUGCAGAGUGAGCACAGUGAUGCCAGCCCCAUGUCCAUCAAUGAGGUGAUCCUGUCAGCGUCAGGGGCCUGCAAGCUCAUCGACUCGCUGCACUCCUACUGCUUCUCCUCCCGGCAGAACAAGAGCCAGGUGUGCUGCCUUCGGGAGCAGGUGGAGAAGAAGAACGGCGAGCUGAAGAGCCUGCGGCAGAGGGUCAGCCGCUCCGACAGCCAGGUGCGCAAGCUGCAGGAGAAGCUGGACGAGAUGAAGAGAGUGAGCUUCCCCUACCUGAGUGGCCUGCUGUGCCCCAGUCGCGAGCCUCCCAAGAUGAACCCGGUGGUGGAGCCGCUGUCCUGGAUGCUGGGCACCUGGCUGUCGGACCCACCAGGAGCCGGAACCUUCCCAACACUGCAGCCCUUCCAGUACCUGGAGGAGGUGCACAUCUCCCACGUGGGCCAGCCCAUGCUGAACUUUUCGUUCAACUCCUUCCACCCGGACACACGCAAACCCAUGCACAGAGAGUGUGGCUUCAUCCGCCUCGAGCCUGACACCAACAAGGUGGCCUUCGUCAGCGCCCAGAACACAGGCAUCGUGGAAGUGGAGGAGGGCGAAGUCAACGGGCAGGAGCUGUGCAUCGCGUCCCACUCCAUCGCCAGGAUCUCCUUUGCCAAGGAGCCCCACGUGGAGCAGAUUACCCGAAAAUUCAGGCUGAAUUCUGAAGGCAAACUUGAACAGACAGUCUCCAUGGCAACCACUACACAGCCAAUGACUCCGCAUCUUCAUGUCACCUACAAGAAGGUGACCCCGUAACCUAGAGUAGAGCUUCUGGAGCCCUCAGGAAGGGGCCCGGCUACCGUGCGCGACGGGCGGCUCCUCGGCAGACAGUCGCUGCGGCAGAAGUGGGCGUGGCCGUGAGCCUCUGCUGGUUGGAGAGUGUUGUCCGGAUGUUCCUGUAUGGCAUAGAAAACCAAAUAAAAGGCCUUUAUUUUUAUGGCUGAGGAUUUUGGAUAUUA